CAAAGGUUUGGGCAUCCUCAAAAGUGUUGACCGCGGUGGACACGCCGGUUGUUGGACCUGACGGGAAAAUGAUGCAACCAAAGUAGCAUAAUAGUGCUGGAGAGCGGCUGAGGCGUGGUCAGGAUGUCGAGCAGCGGCGAUGAAGAAACAAUGCUGGACAGCCCAGGGCUGCGCGACUUUGCUGCAGCCUCCAACGAAGUGCACUUGUUAGCUGCUCUCACAGCGGCCAUGAUGCAGGAGGUGCAGCAAGCCGCCUCCUCAUCACGCAAGGCCACGGACAGCCGUCGGAGUGCGGCACAGGCAGGACGCACGGAUUCAGGAACCCCUUCCUCAGGGUCUGCUAGGGCUGCCCGGGAGGCUGCUUCAGAGGAGAGGCAGCAGCAACCCGGGUCUCACACCCGCACACGCCCGCUGUCCACGGGCAGCAGCGGGCGGGGCGAUGUCAGCACUGCGGCGCCCAGCGCAGAACGUGGUGCUCGCGCGUCGUCGCACCGGCGCAGGACGGAAGGCAGCAGCGGUGGUAGUGGUGGAGGCGAGGCGCCUUCAGCCAGCGACAGGCGACCAGACACUGCCCAUUCCACGCGCGUGGAGGUGGACGCCACCCCGCGGCGCAGCUUUGGCCUGGGCCUGGGGCUUGGGCUCGGGGCCUCUCCGGGCGGCAGCAGCAGCGUUGUGACGGGGAGCAGCAUGGUCGCCCUCAGGCGGCAUGCGGAGGAGCUGACACGGCAGGUGCGGCUGGCUCGCGCCAAGCAGGAGACGGACGCGCAGGCCAUCCAGGAGCUGCAGCAGGACAACGCCCGCCUGCGCCGGCUGAUGGAGAGCGCGAACGAGAUGUCUGAAGCGGCUGCUGCGUCCCUGCGCGAGCUCGGCCGCUCCCGUCGUGCAAACGAGGAGCUGCAGCAGGAGGUGGAGCGGCUGACGGCCCGGGUGGAGGGCACGGAUGCGCGGGUGGAGCAGCUUCGCAACCUACUGCGAGAGGCAGAGCUGCAGCUGGAGGCGGCAGAUCAGCGGACGGUGCGGUCGCAGCGGGCCGCCCUUGAGGCCUCGGAGCGGAUGGCUGCAGCGGAGCGGGCUGCCGCACGUUCCGACGAGGCCGCGGCCGCCGCCGACGAACGUGCACAGGCGGCGGAGCGGCGGGCAGCGCGGGUGGAGCAGGUGGCGACGCAGGAGCGGGAGCGGGCGGCAGACGCGGUGCAGCGGGCUGUGCGCGCUGAGGCGGCGGCGGAGGACGACCAUGAGCGGGCGCUUGACGCGGAGCGGCGCGCGGCCAAGGCGCAGCAGCUGCUGGAGGACCUGCAGGACGCCGCGGUGGAUCUGGAGCGCCGCACGCUGCGGUCGGAGCAGCUGCUGGAGGCCGAGGCGGCGCGUGCGCUGGAGGCGGAGCGGCGGGCGGCGGCAGCAGAGGCUGCAGCGGCGCGGGAGCGCGACAACGCUGCGGCGGCAGAGCGCCGGGCGGCGCGCGCAGAGGAUGACGUGGAGCAGGUGCGCACUGAGUCCCUGGCGGCGCAGCGGCGGGCGGUGCUGGCAGAGCAGGCUGCGGAGGCGGACCGGGAGCGCGCUGAGGCAGCGGAGCGCCGGGCUGUCCGGGCUGAGCAGGCUGCUGAAGAGGACCGCGCGGCAGCGCUGGAGACGGAGCGGCGGGCGGUCCGGGCGCUGGCUGAGCGUGAGGCGGCGGAGGCGCGGGCUCUGGAAGCGGAACGGGCUUCAGCCCGUGCAGCGCAAGCACGGCUGGAGGCAGAGGAGCAUGCCGUUGACAGCGAGGCGCGUGCGGUGCGUGCUGAGCUGGCGCGUGAGGAUGCCCUGGACCGGGCUGCGGAGGCAGAGCGGCGGGCGGCACGCGCCGAGGCCGCGGCGGACGAGGCGCUUGCGCUUGUCAGGGAGGAGGAGAAGCGGGCAGCGCGAGCAGAGCUGGUGGCGCAGGCGGACCGGGAGAACGCGGAGGAUGCAGACCGCCUGGCAGCACGUGUGGAGCAGGAUCGUGACGCGGCACACGCAGAUGCGUUGGCAGCGGAGCGCCGGGCCGAGCGCUCAGAGCGGGAGGCUGAGGAGGCCCGGGAACUCGCACGCAACGCGGAGGCACGCGCCGCGCGGGCCGAGGCCGCCGCGGAGCAGCAUGGGGACCGGGCAGAGGAGGAGAUGCGCCACGCAGCUCGCAUGGCGCGGGAGGCGGCCACUGACGCGGAGCGCGCUCGGGAUGCGGAGGAUCGCGCGCAGGCGGCGACACUACGGGCUCAGGCGGCUGAGACGCAGCUUGCGGUGAAGGAAGGCCACUCCGCUGCGCUUGAGGCACGGCUGGCGGCGGCGCAGGCGGCGGCUGACGCGGUGGACACCCGCUGUGCUGACCUUGAGCGGCGCCACAACCGUCUGUCCGCAGAGGCGCGUGACCUGCGUGAUCAGCUGCAGCUGGCGUUGGUGCAGCUGGCGGACAUCCCAGAACUGGCACUGCAUCCACGCCUGCGCUCCCGCGCCGCUCAGCAGCUGCUUGCGCAGCUGGGCGCCGGCCGCAGCGCGGGUGGGGCACAGGGCGAUGGCGGGAGCCCGCGGCGGCUGCGCUGGGAGUCUUCGGUCACAAGUGCGCUCAGCGCGGGAGGCGCAAGAGGCGCCAGUGCUGGCGGCAGCAGCCGCCGGCACACGACUGACGUGGCCGGCGAUGUGGGCUCUCCCCGUUCCCGCGUGCAGCAUGAGGAGGGCGUGUCCUCCGGCGCCUCCUCGCCGCGCGUGGCGGUCCCGGCGGGAAGCUCCGGCAGCCGUGCGGGCUUUACCGCCAGCGCUGCUCUCGCUGACGAUGCUGACAGUGACAGCCGGCGGACCCGGGGCCGCAGCGCCGAUGCGGUCUCGCGCCGCAGCGCCACCUCUGCGCUGUCCGGCCCCUCACUGUCGGCACUGGCGCGGACGGGCUCACCGUCACGCCUGGCCGUGUCGCCGCGGCGGGGUGGCGACAGCCCCAGCGUUGUGGUGUCGCUGGAUGCGUUUGCGGAUGGCGGCGGCACCCGGCGCCUGUUGGAUGAAGUCAGGCGGGUGCGGGCCGAGCUGCGCAGCGCCCGCCAGGAGCUGGGCGACGUGACGUCGCGCUACCGCGUGGCCGCCAGCCGCGUGCAGCAGCUGGAGGAGCAGGUGGCGGGCGCGGAGCAGCUCCGGGCCAAACUCAACCGGGUGACUGCCCAGGCUCGUGACGCGGAUCGGCUGGCUGCCGAGGUGCGCACCUACCGCGCCCAGAUUGCGGAGACGGAGGGGCUGGCCCUGGACCUGCGCAAGGCCCAGGCGGAGCUGGCGGAAGCGCAGGGCCACCGGGCGGCGCUGGAGGACGCCCGCGUGCAGCUCGUCGAGAUGGAAAGAGUGCGGGCCGAGAGCCGCCGCGUCAGCGCGUCGCUGCAGACGGUGACCCGGGAGCGCGACGCGGCGCGCACUGAGCUGGCGGAGGCGUCGGCGCAGCUGGUGGCGAUGGCGGCUCUCCGGGCUGAGCUGCAGCGCACCGAGGCCGCGCUGGCAGAGGCGGAGGCGGGCCGCGAGGAGGCUCGCGCCGCAGCUGCCACGGUCGCCACGCAGCAGACAAAGCUGAAGGCACAGCUGGCUUCGGUGGAGGAGGAGCUGGCGGAGGCGCUGCGGCGCUGCGGGCGGCUGCAGGCUUCCGCUGACGAGGCGGCGCACCAGCGCGACCGCCUGCAGGCCACGCUGGCGGGCGCGGAGGGGGCCCUGCGCGCAGCUGAGGAGGAGCGCGCGACGCUGGCGGCGGCACAGGAGCGGCUGCGGGGCAAGGCGUCGGAGCUUACAGAAGCGCAGGAGGAGCUGCGCUCGCUCAAGCUGCAGCUGCAGGAGGCGGCAGCGGCUCAGCGCCGCACGGCGCAGGCGGAGCAGUCGGCUCUGAAGCGUGCGGAGGAGGCGCAGCUGCACAUCAAUGCGCUCAAGGCCCAGCUUGCACAGGCGUCCGGCGCGCAGGUGGAGGCCGCGGAGCUGCAGCAGGAGCUGGCGGCAGCUAGGGACCAGGCGGCGGCGCUGAAGGCCGAGCUGCGCUCCGCCGCUGACCGCCUGCAGGACCUAGGCCGCCUGCAGGCUGACCUGGCGGCGGCGACGGAGCGGGCGGAGCGCAACGAGGCGCAGCUGCGUGUGUCCGGCGACGAGGCGGCUCGCGGUGCGGAGCGGGCGGAGGCGCUGCAGCGCGAGCUGUCGGCCACGCAGCGGGACCUGGCGCGCAGCCGGGAGGACGAGCUGGCCGCUACGCAGCUGGCCAACAGCCGCGGCGCGCGUGCGGCCGAGUUGGAGCACGAGGUGGCUGUGCUGCGCGAGAAGUCCUACCAGCUGGAGGUGGAGGUGGCGGGCAUGACCACGGAGCUGCAGCGCCUCAAGGCAGACCUGGCCAGCGGCAGCGACAUGAUCGACGAGGCAAGUCUUGCCCGUAACCAGCUCGCGGAGCAGCUGGCGGAUGCCUUGAAGCAGCAGGCGCGUGCCAUGGCGGCCGCGGCGGCGGCAGAGGAGGGCUUCCGCGGCGAGCUGCAGCAGCUGCAGCUGCGGCUGGCGGCGACGGAAGCCGAGUGCGGCGCCCUGCAGCACUCCAACGCGGGGCUGCACGACGACCUGCGGCGGGCGCAGAGCGAUCUGCUGGCGCUGCAGGGUCAGCUGCAGGAGGAGGGCCGGCGCAGGGAUGACCUGAUCUCCGACUGCCGGCGCCUGCAGCGCGAGCUGGACUCGACGACGGAGGGGCUGUCUGCCACACAGCGCGCGCAGCGCAGCGCAGCCGCCGGCGCAGCGGAGCUGGAGGUGGAGGUUGAGCGGCUGACUGGCGCCAAGGUGGCGCUGGAGGCAGAGCUGCAGGCGGCCGGCGCCCGCGCGCAGCGGCUGCAGGACGAGGCGCGGCAGCUAUCGGAGCGCAACUCCGAGCUGAGUAGCCAGCUGCACGCCAUGUCGUCGGCGCUGCGCACGCUGGAGGCGGAGAAUGCGCGCCUGGCGGACGGCCAUGCCACUCUUACAGUCGAGGCGGAGGCGCGCGCCGCUGAGUGCCGGUCGGCACGCGGCGAGGCGGCGGAGCUGGCGGCGGACCGGGCGAGGCUGGUGGCGGAGCUCUCGGUGCUGCGGGCGGAGCUGGCGGCGGGUGCAUCACCAGUCCGCCCCGGCUUGCUUGGCGACUACGGCCGGCCGCUGGAGCUGGGCGCCUCCAGCGGCAGCGACCCUCGCAUCACCAUCACCGGUGGCGGCAUCCCGCCCGCCGCCCACCCGGCGCAUGAGAACAGCCCCGUGGCCGGCCUGACCGACCCCGCCUUCGAUAAGCGCGGGCAGGCGCUGCUAGGCGCAGAGAUGCCGCCGUCUCCGGGGUCGUCGCUGGUGCCGUCGCCCAACAUGGGCGCCCACGAUGACCUGCAGGCGCUCAUGGCCGUGCCUCUGGACACAGGCGCGCUGCUAGCUGGCGGCGGCGACCUGUCCCAAUACGAGGCGCUGCUGGCGGCGCUGGACGAGGAGGCGGCGGCCAUGGACGAGGAGCUGGCGGGCAAGGAGGCCAGCAGCGCGGCGCUGCUGCAGCGCAUGCGGGCCACCAAGCAGGCCGUCACGCAGCGCCUGGACGCCAUGCAGGCUUCCCUGCAGUCCGCACGCGAGGCGGAGAGCGACAUGCGGCGCGCGGCCGCAGACAAGGACAUUACAAUCCUCAAGCUGCAGCAGCAGCUGGCGCAGGUAGCCGGCGCUGCCGGCAGCGAAGUCUUGGACUCAGCGGGCGGCAUCACUGCGGGUGGUGGGCUGGCCGGCAAUGUGGUGAUUGAUGCGCUGCGGCAAGACAUUGACGCGGCGCAUGAGCGGCUGCGGGAAGCAGGCCGGCAGCUGCGGGAAGCACAGCAGCGCGCUGAGAUGGCCGAGGCUGAGGCCGACCGGCUGCGCGCGGCGCUGUCGGAGUCUCGUGGCGAGGUGUCGCGGCUGCAGGCCGAGCUGGCGGCAAACGACCGCGUGCUGGCGGACGCCGAGUCGGCCCUGAUGGCGCUGGUGGCGGAGAAGGAGGCGCUGGAGGCGGCGGCUGCGGCGGCGCGGCAGGCAGAGGCCAGCGCCAAGUCGCAGGUGGCGGCCCUGCAGGGGCAGUUGGAGGCCGCGCUGGAGGCUGCGGUGUCGUUGGCGCCGUCCGACACCACCGCGUCGGCGGCCGUGGCGGGCGCUGUGCAAGACCGCAUGGCCAACUACCUGUCCAGCCUUGCCGCCACCGUCGGCGCUCCUGCCGUCGGCCGCUUCUUGGGCGCUGUCACGCCCGGCAGCACCGGCAACACCGCCGCAGGCGCAGCCCAGCCCGUCACCCGUGCCACAGGCCCGGCCGGGGGCGCCGGAGGCGCAGUGGCCACCGCCUCCGCCCCGCGCUACGGCGCGGGGCCACGCACCAGCGACACCGGCUCUGUGCAGUCGACAUCGCAGCGGCCUGACACGUGGGAUGGCGGCUUCACCUCGCCGCUUGGAGGCUGGGAGCGAGGCACGCCGGCGACGGUGCCGGGGCGUGGGGGCGCUUCACCAGUGCCGGGCUCGGGCGGCUUGGGCGCCGCACUAGAGCUGCGUUCGCCAGCGGGCUCUUCCAGGGUCGGCGGAUCCACGCUCACUCGUGUAAGUGAGGAGGACGUUGACCUCAGUGCCGCCGCCGGCCGCGGCGGGCAAAGCAGUGGCGGCGCCUCCUCCCCGGGCGGCGCAAGCGUCACCGGCACAGUCAUGAAGGCCCGCGCAGCUUCCGCAUCUGCCACUGUAGCCAGCCCCGGCCCCGCAGCGCCCUCAGCCUCGCCGCUGUCACCGGGCAUGUCGCCAAGUGCCAGCUUCCGCCGCCGCGGCGGCGCUGGCGGCAUCAGUAGCAUGCAGCGUGCCGCCAGCAGCACACGCCAGAGCCUGGAGCGCCUUAUUGGCGAGGUCGGCGUCGGCGGUGGCAGCGGCCGGCUGGCGGGCGCCGGCGGCAGCUUGUCGCCCGGCGGCGCUGGCUCCUCGCCUGGGGGCCUUCGCUUUGGCGCCAUGGCCACUCCGCAGCCCGGCGGCGGCGCUGCGCCCUCGACACAGCAGACGGGGGCGGGAGCAGGGACUGGCGCUCGCGCCAAUGGCACCGACAGCGGCGGCGGCGGCACCACGCUGACGGGGCUGUUUGACUCCUACAGCUCCUCACCAGUCGGCUCGCCCUCGCGCAACGGUAGUGCUACCGGCGCCACCGCAGCCUCGGCUGCCGGCACGCCGGCCGCCUCAGCCUCGGGUCGCAGCGCUGCCGGGGCCGCAGGCAUUGCCUCUACGGGCCGCGCUGCGGCCGUCAAUGCAGCGGGCGCGGCGCUGCAGAACGCCUCCUACCGCCUGUCAUCAGUGGUGGGCCUGCCUGGCGCGUCCAGCGGCGGCGCGGAUGCCUCGGGCUCCGGCAGCCGCUCAGGUAGCAUGGGCGGCGCCGGCGGCGGCGGCGGCGGCAGUCCCAUGAUCAGCCCCCGCAACGCGCUGGAGGGCCGCUCGCUGUCCCGCGCUGUCCGGCCCGUGGCGGAGGCGCUCAUGCUCAGCCCGCUGCGGCCGGGCGGCAGCAGCGGCGGCAGCCUGUCGUCCAACCCCAGCGGCUCGGCUGUCGGCUCCGCCGCGACGCCGUCGUCUGAGGCGCAGGCGCAAGCUCUUGCUGCAGCGGCGGCGGCCGCGGCGGCGGCCGGCCCCUCCCGCAGCCUGCCCAUCCUGCAGGCACUGGCGGCCAGCCACCAGCCGCACGCCACAUCUGCGACGUCCUCUUCGCUGCGCACGCCCUCGGCGCUGGCAGGUUCGUCGCCUGCUGGAGCGAGGCUCGGCGUCGGUGGGCUGGGCGCGUUCGGCCGCGCUGGCGCUGCCACAUCCGUACCAUCUACCCCGAUGGCUCCUGGCGUGCCGGCGUCGCCGGCCACGUCGGAGGCGAGUCUCAGCCUGACGCAGUUGGCGCGGCGCGCCAGCACUGAGGUCUCACACAGCCUGGGUGGUGCCGCUGGUGGCAGCAGCAGCAGCCGGCCCGGCGGCGCUUCCAUGAGCUUUGGCGCUCCCCGGCCCUCGCUCAUGUCGCGUGCCUCCGGGACACCACCGCCGGCCACAGGUGGGCAGCAGCAGGGGGCUGGUGGCGCUGGUGCUGCCGGGCAGGCGCCGCUGGCUUACAGGACCUCUGCUGGCGGCUCGGGCUUGGCGGCGGGCGCCGCUGGCGGCGUGCCGGGGUCGCGGCAGUCGGAGGGCGGCGAGGGGUCACAACUGGCAGCACGCCUGGCGGCCAUGGAUGAGGCGCUGCGGCUGAUCGGGGCGUAGGGGGCUUUAUUGUGGUGGCGCUGAGGUGGCACUGAUGGUAUGGUCGGAUCGGAAGGCUCGGAUGCGUGUUUAUUCAUUCCUGGCACUGGCGAGCGAUCAUGAUGGCCUUGAUGGCGGCGUGCAUUCAUGCUUGGCCUGGAUAGCGCUAUAUCUGUAAGAAGGCUGCUUGACAAGAAGGGACAGUCGGAUGACGGCCCCAAGAGAAACUACCCUGGCACGAAGCCCACAGGGACAAUAUGCGGCUUGAAUGGGAGUCUUAAAACGGGAUGGUGACGUGGUUGCGCAGAUGAUGCCCCGCGUGCUGUCUGCCCUCUGGAGGCCAGUGUGCCCUUGGAUGGGACCAGGGACAUGGCCGUGUGUAAACGGCACGUUAC